ACGAUGCGUCUGCCCCGUCCAGCCCAGCCAGGAUCCGCAGAGGACCCUUCGGGGUGAAGGGAGCGGAGGCGGCGCCGCCGCGGCGGGCCUUCCCUCCUCCCGAAGGGGCCGGACGAGGGACGAGGAGGAGGCGGCGGCCUCGGCCUUGGCGGGAAAACCUUUCAAGAUGGCGGCGGCGGAGAAGCUGAGGGGCAAAGUGGGCGCCGCCUUCAAGAUGCACGGCUUGCUGCUCCGCGCAGAAGCUACCAAGUAUCUCACAGAAGCUCUUCAGACAGUAAAUGAAGCAGAGCUUGAAGACAUGAUAGAAAAUAUAAUUGAUGCUGUUGAAAAGCAGCCUUUGACAUGUAAUAUGAUUGAAAGAGCCAUGGUGGAAGCAGCAGUCCUGGAGUGCAGCCAGUCCCCAGAUGAGACUAUGGAACAUAUUUUCAACAUUAUUGGAGCAUAUGAUAUCCCCAGAUACGUUUACAAUUCUGAAAGAAAGAAGUUUCUCCCCCUCUCAAUGACCGGCCAUUCGGCUCCAAAUUUAUUCGGCUCUGCCAGGGAUAAAGCAGAACUGUUCCGUGAGCGCUACAUCAUCUUGCAGCAGAGAACGCAUAGGCACGAACUGUUCACACCAUCUGCUAUUGGCGCACCUGCAGAGGAAAGCAGAAGUAAAUUCCAGCUCAAAACUAUAGAAACUCUCUUGGGGAACUCAGCUAAAGUUAAGGAAGUUAUCGUUCUGGGGAUGAUAACCCAGCUGAAAGAGGGAAAAUUUUUCUUGGAAGAUCCAACAGGAGUUGUCCAGCUGGACAUUAGUAAAGCACAGUUCCACAGUGGCUUAUACACAGAGUCAUGUUUCGUUUUAACAGAAGGCUGGUAUGAAGAUGAAAUAUUUCACGUCAAUGCGUUUGGCUUCCCCCCUACGGAGCCUUCUACAACAACUAGGGCGUAUUAUGGAAACACAAACUUCUUUGGAGGGCCUUCUUCGACCUCUGUGAAAUCUUCUGCGAAAUUGAAACAGCUGGAAGAAGAAAAUGAGGACGCCAUGUUUGUGUUCCUUUCGGACGUUUGGCUGGACCAAGCAGAAGUUUUGGAGAAGCUGCGUAUUAUGUUUUCAGGUUACUCCUCCAUGCCUCCAACCUGCUUCUUCUUCUGUGGGAACUUUUCCUCUGCCCCAUACGGAAAAAACCAAAUUCAGUCGCUAAAAGGUUCACUGAAAGCCCUUGCAAAUAUCAUCUGUGAAUACCCCAGUAUCCAUAAGAGCAGUCGAUUUGUGUUUGUUCCUGGCUCUGAAGACCCUGGCCCAGGCUCAAUUUUGCCAAGGCCACCACUUCCUGAAAACAUUACUGAAGAGUUCAAACAGCAGGUGCCAUUUUCAGUCUUCACUACAAACCCUUGCAGAGUCCAGUAUUGCACUCAGGAAAUAAUAAUCUUUAGAGAAGACCUGGUAAAUAAGAUGUGCCGGAACUGUGUCCGUUUUCCUAACAGCAACUUGGAUAUUUCUAAUCACUUUGUAAAGACUAUUUUAUCACAAGGGCAUCUGACUCCAUUGCCUCUUAAUGUUAGUCCUGUCUACUGGUCUUAUGACUAUACAUUGAGAACCUACCCUCUGCCGGAUCUCAUUGUCUUUGCUGACAAAUAUGACCCGUUCACUGUGACCAACACUGAUUGCCUCUGCAUAAAUCCCGGAUCUUUCCCAAGAAGUGGCUUUUCAUUCAAAGUAUUCUACCCAUCUAACAAAACAGUGGAGGACAGCAAACUUCAAGAUAUUUGAAUCUCAGGAAAUAGCAGUAGAUCAAGUAUUCUGACCUUAAUACCAUGGAAGCACUACUUCUGGAAUCAUGGAUUUUAUUAUAUGCUGCUGUUACAGAUAUUGAACGUCUUGUAAAUAAACUUUCAAGCAAUGGAUGGAACAGGCUUGUGGCAUACUUGAAACAGUGAUGGCGCAAUGGCCCAAGAACUUUUUCUCUUAAGUGAUUUUUAUUCAGACAAAAAAAAUUGUGGCUGGAUUCUGACUUGAGAAAUGUGUGCCCUUUUGCCUUCUGCUGCCAUAACAGUUCAACUAUUUGUGGAUGGCUUUUCUGAAUUUGGGGGGAUGGGGGAACCUCUCCAAAGGGGCUUGAGAACCUUCCAAUACAUGAAACAUCAGUUCUAAGCAGACAAAUGCUCAUUUUACAUUAUCCAAAACUGGGGUCUCUUAACAACUGAAGGGGAUUGGCGUUAUAUCAUGGUCCUAUCUAACCACAAACUGGCUGAAAUAUUUAGCAUAGCAGGUUUUGGAACUUUGCUGUGGAUGGAUGUGCGGAGCUCCCAUUUAUUAGGCAGUUGCUAAGACUAACUCUCCUGUGCCUAUUCUGCUGAAAGCUCUUCUAUAAUGUGGAACAAUCACAGUUCUCCCUACAGCUGCAAGAAGCCCCACACCAAACCCUGUUGGUUUAUUGCAUUAAUAUCCUGCCUGCCAGUCUUCCAUUAUACCAGACACAGCAUACGUAUCCUUGAGGCAGUCUACCAUCCAGACAUCGAUCACUUCCGCAAAGUUGCUACUGUAUGUAUCUUCAACCCACAUCCCAGUCCUGAGAAUACACACCAGCAACAGCACUUCAGGCUAGUUUUCAGAAUACACAGUGACUGAUAAUGGGAUUAUAACUUCUGAAUUUACACAGCCUCAUCAAAACAAGGUAGCCAAGACUGAUAGCAUAAGAAACAAGAUGUUCUCUCACGUUUCUAGGACCUAUGCAGCUAAUGUACUGGUUCAUGUAGCAUAUCAAAAGGUAUGUUCUAGCAUAAGAAAGAAGAUUUGGUGGGGAGUAUUACUCAGGUUGUGCGCAACUGAUGGAUGGGACUUGAUACUUUUUAAAGCUUAAGUGUGUGCCCUUUUAAAAAAUAACUAAGUGGGGCUUCCUGUUCCCAGCGGUGGAAAAUGGCAGAUCCCACACGAUCGGACCUCAGCCGUUCCGAUAAUUCAGGGCUGAUAUGGGGGUAAUUAGCCCUGGCAGCCUCCCCAGGGCAGGGGAGGACUGUCUCAACGACCCACGGUUUGCCCCAGAUUCCCAAUGUCGCAGACGGCAGGGGCACUGGGUCACGGAGCAAGGGACGGACUGACACUCCUUCAACGCCACCCCAUAGCCGGACGCAUCUGUUUGGGAAAAUAUAAAGAUUUGAAAAACAAACAGACACGCUCUGAACUGACAAAGCUGGGG